AGCCAUUCAGUGGCGGUUCACCAGCUGGGAAGGGACAGCAGGAAGCUGGACCUGACAGAGGGGGAGAGGCUCCUCCACAGACUGCUGGCCGAGGACACAGGAAGCAGCUAACGGUCACCAUGGCUGGCAAAAAGGGUAAGAGGGUGGUGAGUGAGAGGCCUGAGAAGAGGCUGGGCCUGUGGACGUCAACAGCCCCGCCAAUGAUGGACAGGCGAGGCGUGUGGAGUCAGCGGGGAGGGCGAAGCAGCCAUCUCACAUGACCAAGAGAGACUCAGCACCACAGGAUGAGGUCAAACAGGGGCAGAAGCACACUGAGGAGCAUCACGGGGUGUCAGAGCAAUGCCAGGAUAUCGAGAACCUGCAGGCCAUCACAGACCUCAAUGUCCCCACAUCGAGAGAGGAGCAGGAGGAAUAUUUAAGGUGGAAGAAGGAGCGUGAGCAGAUUGACAGGGAGAGGGUGGCACGCCAUAAAAAUGCCAAGGGCCAGUGGAGACGAGCGUGGGACAUGGAUAAAACUGACAAUAUGUUUUCAGACAAAUCCCUCUCUGACAGAGACUGGGGGCCUUCCAGCAGAGGAGGAAGAAAUGCUAGAAGAGGACCCAGAGCAGGCAGCGAUUCAAAAGCUCAUGACAAGCGAGGCAAAGACAAGGGAGCUAAAAACGUGCAAGUGAUGAGCAGUAAAGCAAAAGGCAAAGAUCGCCUGACUGGGCGGGCCAGAAGAUGGCAGGCAAAUGAUGAUGGAGAGAACCUACAGAUGCCUGAGACGACGCUGGAGGAGUUCCUUGAGGAACUUGAUGCCCUCACAGACGCUAAUGCAGACGAGCUGAAAGAUCAGGACGCAAAAACAAAGCAGUCGCCGAGCCUGGAUUCACUGAGCACGCCCGAGGAAGCGAGUGAAUCAGCAGCCUCGGUGUCAGCUGCUAUCCUUAGAGAGGACACCCCGACUCAGGAGAAGGCAGAGGGUUUGUCCUCUCGGGGUUUGGAGAAGAAAGUGCGCUUCUCUGAGGAACUCAUCCAGGGGGCUCAUGCAAGGCAAACCACGGACUCUCAAGAGUCAGAAUCCAGAGGUCCCAGCUCUUUGAAAGCUUCCUCACCCAAAAAGAACAAGCAUGAAAUGCAGAGGCCACGUCAGCCUCUUGAAAGUGCCAAGCAGAAUGAUGGGAGUCUUCAGGAUAAAGGAGGUGGUCCAGCUGCACCUUCUCUUGCACAGCAGCAGGGAUCUGAAACUGAAUGCACUAAAAAGGACAGCAGCCCACCCACAGCUCCCAGCUCCCCCCCUGCUGAAAAAGCCUGCACCCCUCUACAUGAGAUCCAGCCCGUGGAGCUUCCCAAGUGCAACAUCAGCAACACAAACACGGAAGAGCUGAUAGACUCUGGUCUGUCUGUUCUGAGCCUGGAGUCUGGAGAAGCACACCCAACACACUCCACCAGCAGUGACAAGGCACGAGAGCAUGGGAAAAUUGUUUAACCAACGUUUUCGGGAUAUAAACACUGAAACCAAAACACAGCAUUUGGAUGCAUUAUUUUUGCUUCAAAGUAGCUCGUUUGCAAUACUGUUUAUAGCUUACAGACAAAACUGUGGUUUAAUUUUGCUGUGGGAGCUGAAUUUUUGUCUCAAAUUUGACACAUGAAUGGUGAGACGCCUUUUUCCUGCUCGAUGAUGAUGAUGAUGAUUAUUAUUAUUAUUAGUAGUAGUAUUUUUUUUUUUUUUUUUUUUUUUUUUUUUUUCAUCCGAGCACUUUGUGUACAAAAACAUGUGUACUGACAUCUCCUUCUGUAUGGAAGUACGCUGCUUGAGUGCAAUAUCACUGAAUGUUUACACAUUUGUAUGAAAAUGUUGAAGUACAUAUCAGGAGGCUAGCUAAUCGGUUAAACUUAGAUAGCCCUUGACAUUAAACCAAGCCACAGUCUAAUUACUUAGUGCCUGAUUCUGCCUUAGAGGUAUAUUUUUUAAUUUAUUCAGCUUAUUUAGCAGGGACAAUGCACAAUAAAUAUAUUGUACCAGAUAUAGCUAAAAGCUACUUUUCAGCUCUAGUCCCUGAGUAACUUUUCAGUAACCGAAUAAAGAUUGUAAUAUAUGACGAUACAUAGUUGCAGACCUCCAGUAGAGUUUUGCUUCCAGCAUCCAUAAAUAGCCUUUGACAAGUAAAUCAGCAUAUUGUUAAAACGCACAUUUGAACCCUAAUGUCUUUGGCCAGUGACCAAGACAGUCCAAAGUUUACAAAAUGUUACUACUGACAUGCUGUAAAUGUUUCUGCUACUAAGAACGGUGAAAGGAGCACGCCACUGAUUUUUGAUAUCAAGACAGGAGCCUGAUGAUGUCAUACUCUGGUUAAGAUUAUCUGAAUUUGGGGAUGACAGCUUUGCAGUCAUGAAACUCAUAUCUCUGCCCAUAAGUAAGUGAAAGAAACCUACUUGAUUUAAAUUUGGCCUUUUUACUCAUCAAGGUCGUCUCCUUGUGCAGCUCUGGGCCACAUCCAGCGUGCCUGCUGUUUUUACAUUGCUUUGUGGUCAGACUACUUUUCACCGGGGAAAAGAGAGGAAGGAAUACAUUUCUGUGUCACACUGUGGGGGGGGGGAUCAGCACUGGGGAACUGGAUCUAUGUCUCAGAGAGCCAAGAGCAGCCUAAAAAGGAAGAAUCUACCCUGUCAGAGCCUUAAGGCAGGACAUCCAGAACAUCCUCGUUUCUUCUUUUUUUCAGUUAUGAGGGUUGUGCACCAUGAAUAUGUCCCCUACACUCAGACUAUCAGCACAGAGUUGUGCUGUAACAUCCCGAGACAUCAGAAGUAGAACAUUCAGUCCAAACCACUGGAACUUGGAUCAGGUGGCGCCCUGAAAAUGCCUCUUUUUUUUUUUUUUUUUUUCUUUCUUUUUUCUUCUAAAAGCCUUGACUCAAUAAAAAAAAAAAAGCAGCCACACUGGAGUAACUUGCAGCGCUGCCCAAGGAGGCUACCUAGAAGAGCAAAUUUGCCUGUUCGAGCUUGUAGUGUUUAAUGCAGAUCUAGGUUUAGAAAGAAAGAAAUGUGAUCCAGUUGUAAGGUGACAUAACUCACUAGUGUACUCCUUUAUUGUUAAAAUAAACAGCCAGCUGACGGCAAAGCAUAACACAUUUGAAAACAUUUGGAUGUUUAAAUAUUGAUUUAUAACACUGCAGAGCUGAAACCUUGCACACUAUUGUUGUGUUCCCUAAAGCACAGUUUUACAGCUGAAUCCAGAUGAUCCGGUCUUCCUCACUCUUCUUAUGUUAUGUUAUGGUUUCCAGGCACUGAAUUUGGGAUUGUAAUGUACUAUGUUAGCUGAUUCUAAACAAACAGUGUACAAAUUCUGGUCUUUGGGCCCCUGUGGGUGGAAAAAAUAUCAUUCAAGCAUUUUGAGUUGGGGUGAAUUGAGAAUGCCGGGAUUCAGCUGUAAUUCCCUUUUGUAUUAUUUGUUCUGUAUUAUAUUUGUGAAAGAGAGCCUAAUAUCUUUUGAAAUGCUUCCCUUGAUUAAUAUCUUAGCCAGUUGUUGUGCCUUGCAUAUUGGCUUCUUCAGCUACUGAAGGUGUACUUUAAUUUAUGGUUUGUAUAUUAACUGCCUCAUUUAUUUUAUUUAUUUGCCUUUCCAUUUCGGACAGCAGAAUGUUACCAAGUAAAUCUCAAGCUGUUUCUCUGUGAGUUGUAUUUUUUUUUUCUCCUUUUUUAAAUCUAUUGCCAGCCUUUGAUGCUAUUUUUGGUAAGAAGCGACAGCUAUAUUAAGACGCCUUAAAGAAGCUCUGUCCUCAAAGAAGUUUUUGGCUUUCGUCAAUGCCACUGUGUAGUAAACAGUUAUGUAACUGUAAGUGGAAAACACAGCGGACAUGCUCUGAGCUGCGUGGUCUUGUCUGUGUCUACGGAGGUUACAUAAAAUCAAAAAAGCAAGAAGCAAGCCACAAUGUUUGAAGCCAGUCCAUCCGUUAAGGAAGAAGGGGCCUUAUUCUGUAUUAUAUGUGGAUAGCAAUCUAUCAGUAGAAGGAAACAUCUGUGUGAAAAACAGGUCACUGAUUCCCUUUGAAGUAUUUUUUUUAAAUCUCCCUGUGGGAUUUCAUGUAGUGGAGGAAAAUCAGUCAUAGAGCAUUUUAUAUGUAAGUGUUUAGUCCGUGUUCAUUCAGUUUGUUUAACAUCUGCACUGUCACCUUCCUUCAAUGUCAAGUUUCUGAGGUGAGAUGAGUUGGUUGGCGGGGCGUGUGCGAGUACCCCCCCCCGUGUUUUCACGCACUGUUGUAAUUAGAUGUGCCUGUGUAUGCGUGUGUGCUGCAUUUCGAGGUGUGACCCCAGCCUUUUUGCUGCUCUGAGUGCUCACUCUAAAUUGAGUCCAUGUGCAACAUGACUUCAUUUGCUGAACCGCUCGGAACGAAGCGUACGCCACAUGAAUAAAGAUUUUCUGUGUUUCAAAG